CAAUCUUCGAGGAAGGGAUACCUAGCUUUUAAUCGGCUGUAAGAUUUGUUUUGCUGUCUUCUUCAGUUCUUUCGAUUGGCAAAUUAAUUACAGGUUUGAUUGUUUUCUCGGAAAGGGAGGUUUCAGUCUGAAUGAGUGCCCAGUGCUGUUGAGAGACUCGCGUUGCGCUUAAAAACGUCAGGAUCAUGGAAAUUUCCCGGAACAUUCCGUAACAUCAAUAACAUUUUUAGAUAUUUCAUUGAAUGGUCCUUCUCACACCCUGAAGACGAACAGGCUGACACACCAGGAAUAGCAACAGUACAGCCUAGGAUCUGAGGAAUCCAGGAUGGAAGAAAAUGACAAAAGCAAGAGCUCCCCGGAAAAUGAUCAAGAGAAGGACAAAGAAAGUGCUAACUCGACAGACGAGAAGCGUCUUCAGGGUAACUCUUUCGCAUAUCGGUCUGAACGAGACACAUGGCAGGUGGUUGGGCGAGGUCAGCGUUCCAUACCACAGAGAGAAGUCGAGCAAAGAGGUGGACGCUGUAACAAAAAUGCAGUGGAGACGCCUCGUGGAAAACCUUCCUUAAGAGUUCAGACACAUCGACCAGAUGUUCAACAGAGGGAAGGUAAUAAGGGGGGGUUUUCAGGGCGUGGCGACCGCGGCCGAGGGAGUAGGGGAAAAAGAGGACAGGGUUCGGGUGCUUUUCGAGGAGGACAUCAAGGGAGAGGAGCUCGAGGGCCUGGUCACCAAGUCGGAGCAGUGCCACGUCAACGCUCCGAUCCAGUUUCUUUAGGAUUUACACAGCCAGAUAUCAAAUACGAGUGGAACAAGUUGUAUAUUCUGGGCCUACAUUUCAGGUCAACACGAGAUGCUGUGAAGAAUUACAUAGAACGAAUUAGUGGUUAUGAUGUUAAGAACGUGGAGUGGUUCAAACCUAAUGGUAAAGCAAUAGUAACGCUAAACACUGACAGAAUUGUAGAUUUUGCAAAGAUUGUUCAAGAAUCGAAGAGAAGGCCGCUUGAAGGUGUAACCGUCUCAAUUGAAAGAGCUCCUGAAUGUAAGAGCAUCUUUGUGAGCGGAUUUUCUGAAAAUACAACAAAAGAACAAGUGGAAGAGUACUUUGAUGCUUUGAGUUCAUUAGAAGAUGUUGUAUUCAGUCCAUGGGAUGAGAAGAGAAAAGAGAAGAGAGCGAUUGUAUACUUCAAAGAAAAGAAAGGUGUGAAAAAAUGUACGAAGACAGAUCACUUCAUAGAUGGAAAAGCUUUACAUGUAGAGGCUUUCUUUCCUUUUAUGGGCACACUACUGCCUGUCAACGAACCGUCAAAAUCAUCACGUCCUACUUCGGGUGAAGUGGGAGGAUCUUGGCAGCCCCAGUUUUACAAGGCUGUUGAUGAAGACAUCGGGGAGUUUUUGAUGAAGUCCAACCAAGAGGCCAAAUUAAGAGGACUUCUUCAUUCGAGUGAACAUGCUUGUGUAAGGUGGACAAACGAAGAGGGAUAUCUGCUGAUAAAAUAUGACACCUCAGGCAAAAGAGUUGACAAGGAGUUUGAGGAGGAAGCAUGGAAAAAGAGAUGUUUCGAUAUAAUCGACCAAUACAUCGACGGUUGCACGACAAAAGAACUUUCAGUAGACACAGAGGUUUGGGAGGCAGUGGUUGAUCAGUUACCAAAACUGGAAAAACUUCUUCCGAAGUUCACAGCGCAAGUGAAACUACUGAAGUUGUCUCACUCCGUAAAGUUGAUUUGCCAGAAGUCAAACAUGCCAGAGUUUGCUGACAUCCUCGAAAGACGUUUGAAGGACAUCAAACAGGAGGAACUCGAGAAAAAGCUAGAUCAGAAGACGCUCACCGACAUAUCCACUGAAAAGCUACAACUUCUUCAAAAUUGUGGGAUCGAGAACAUUUUGAAGGAGGAGUUUGAUCAAGAUAUUCAACUUAAGAUUGACUUGAGUAACAAGAACCUUCUAAUUAAAACUCCCAAGGGACACAUGCCAUCCGUCAUGACCUAUCUUCGGCAGCGUUUGGACGAAAUUGGUCAAAACGCAAUAUCGCAGCCCCCGGAAAUUUUAGAAAUCUUGAAGACAAAAGUCGGGAAACGAAAGAUGACGCAGGAACUUCCCGAUGGAUGUGCUUUUAAUGUCGAUGAGAAAAGCAAAAAAGUUAUCCUCCUUGGGAGAACACUUUCUCAAACCUGUGCGGGAAGACAAAAGGCAGAGACCGUUCUGUUAGAUGACCGUAGUCUCAAGGUAACCCAGGCUGAUAAUGACCUCAUGCUUUCACCAAAGUGGGAUGAGCUUUGUAAGAAGUUAGUAAAACGUCUGACGAUCCGUCAUAAACGCGAAUUGACUUGCAUUGCCGUCUUUGGGUUCAAAAACGACGUUGAAGAGGCUGUAAAGAAAAUGAGAGACUUUCGUAAUGAAAAAAAAUCAACCGAAGGUGAAUUCAGGCUCGAUUCUCCCAUCAAUCGAAAGUUCUUCACCGACUACUACAAGGAAGAACUUCAGAAAAUUGAGGAAGAACUCGCCCCUUGUGCGGUGAAGAUUUCUUUGGAUGAAAGCGGUAAUCGAAUUAAGUAUUCUGGAACAGACGACGGCGUAAAGGAUGCUGAAGAACGGUUAUAUAUUCUGCUUGACCAAAUCAAAGAAAAGAGUCUCCCUAUUCAAACACCUGGCAUGAGAAACUUCUUGGCCCAAGAUGUGGGAAAAGGCUUUGUUGACACCGUGGAGCGAGAAAACAAGUGUAUCAUCAGGAUUGCGGAGGAAAUUGAGGAAGAAGUUGAGGACGAAAUGGAAGGAAGUGACGGUGAUGAGCUUUCGAACACUUGCAGCAGAGGCGAGGAGGAGCUUGAUGAUGCUGACACAUUUUUGACUAACGAGGGCAAAAAGGUGAUCUGGAAGAGUGGAAAUAUCGAGGAAGAGCAGGCAGACGUCUUGGUGUGCUCUGUGGGAUCGAAAUUUAAUCUUACGGUCGGUGCAAUUGCCAAUGCCAUUAGCAAAGCUGCAGGUCCGGAGCUGCAAGGGGAGUUAAGACAGAAGACGAUAGGAAGGACUUGGGGUGAAGGUGAUAUUGUCCACACUAAAGCAGGACACCUGAAUUGCCGUUACGUCAUCCACUGUGUGUGUUGUCCUUGGAAAGGAAAUCCUCAGGACGAGCAGCUUCUACAGGAUCUACUGCGAAAGUGUUUUGACAAAGCUUCGGAGCUUGGUGCAUGUUCUAUUGGCCUACCACUUGUUGGAACCGGUAAUCUUGGUUUUCCUUACGCCAGAGCUGUCCAGAUUAUGAUCCAGGCAGCUGUCGAAUACAGUCACGCCAAUCCAGAUUCUCCCUUGGAGGAAAUAAGAUUUGUCGUGUUUAGCGGUGAUCAGAAAGGAAUAGGAACGUUCGAAGAACAAUUUGAAGAGUUUAAGAAGGAAAAAAGACCUGACGUGAAACCUCGAAAGCCACAGGUUCGCCGAAGCAAACUUAAACCUGUUCCACCUGACUUUAAAUGCAAAGAGAUUCAAAUCGGCGAGCUAUCGUUGAAGGUGUUGAAAGGAGACAUAACCCAGGAUAGAUCAGAUGCCAUAUGUAACGUAGUAACUCAAGAUCUGAAAAUGAAUAGUGGAACCCUAAGCAGCGCUAUCCUUGCAGCAAGUGGAAACACUGUAGAAGACGAGUUACAGUCAAAGGCACCUCAGGUCCCAGGAGAUAUCGUGACUACUUCAGGCGGCUGCUUGUCUGCAAUGCACAUCAUUCAUAUGGUUGUGGGACCAGGAACGAAGAAACAUCUUCAAACUUGCGUGGAGAAGGCGCUCAAAGAAGUGGAUUCUGUGGGUUUGAGGUCAGUGUCCAUUCCAGCAGUUGGUAGCGGAGGACUAGGACAUACAGCUGAGCAAUCGGCAGAGGUGGUUUUUGGGGCAAUCCGUGCAUGCACCGUGAAACCAUUUAAUUCCAUUCGUGAGGUCAGAGUAGUUGUUUUUGAUAUUUCUAUCAUUGGUGCGUACUUAGCGGAGCUGGAAGCAAUCCAAAAAGAAGCCUCCGAAUCCUCUUCAUGUGCUGAAGAAGAAGAUGAUCUCACCUAUCACGAAACAGGUGCAGAAUCUUCCACUGUGGAAUUAAGAAGAAAACAUCGUCGCCAGAAGAUCAUCUUUCACGGCCGCCUGGAGUCUUUUGAUGCGGUUGAUACUGCCUUGAAAGAAGGGGUAAUGAAAGCUUGCGGUGAUCCUCGUGUAAUCAAGCACGAAGUGAUCGGUCGUCUUUCCAAAGGAAGUAUGCGAGAGCUGAAGAAAAUGUCUCGUAUGCGAGAUGUAAAAUUGGAUCAACCAGAACCUGGGACUAUAAUAUUGCAAGGGCUCCCGAAAGAUGUAAUGGAAAUCAACUCAGAACUAUCAAAUGUGAUCCAAGAGCACGUGGAAAGGGAGCAUAAGCAGGAGCUGGCGGAGCAGAUGUCGAAAACUGUGCAAUGGUACCUGGUCAAUACAGGAGGAAAACUCGUUCCUUUCGACAAGAUGGCCAACAAUGAGAUAGAAUCAGCCUGUAAAGCAAAGAAACCAUCCCUUCUAUUCACGCAUCAGAACUUGAAGGCUGAAAUCAAUUUCGGAAAUGAAGAGGUAACGUUCCUAAGAACCGGAGCAAUCAAAAGGGUCCUGCGCAGAGAUGUGCUGCCUCUUCCUGAUGAAUGGGAUCCCCAGCCUCGAGGUGUCAAUGGAAAGGAAGAGACACUACAUCUGGUCAGCCUUGAGAAGGACUCCAAAGAGUAUGAAAAGGUCCAAGAGAAGUUCCUCCAAACGAUGAGUGGUAAGGCGGUAAUAACAAACAUUGAGCGCAUUCAAAAUCCAUCGAUGCAUAAUUCCUAUAUGGUGAGGAAGCAAAUUAUGGAUGCAAAGAAUGGAACCAUCGACAACGAACUGGAACUUUUCCAUGGGACAAAGGCAGAAAGCAUCAAAGCGAUCAAUGUUCAGGGAUUUGAUAGGAGUUUAUGUGGUGCGAACGGUAACGCUUAUGGCGAUGGUGUUUACUUCGCAAAAGAUGCUUCCUAUUCCAAAACAUACUCAAAACCAGGCCCAAAUGGUGAUUGCCUCAUGUAUUUAGCCAGAGUUUUGGUUGGAAAAUACACCGAGGGCGAGCAAGGGUGGAAAAAACCUCCCCCCAAGGACCUCAGCAAGCCAGAGAUACUCUUCGACUCGCUGGUAAACAGAGAGGAAAAUCCAACCAUUUUCGUGGUUUUCAACGAUUUCCAUGUGUACCCUACAUACUUAAUUAGUUUUAAGAAAUGGGAAUUAUCUUGAUGGGAAUAAUCCAGCACACUUUUUUUCAUGAAAUAGACCGUCCUUUAAUUCAGGGAAUAACCAGCGUGGGAUGUUUCUCAAUCACGAGUUAAGGCGUGUUACUUUACAACCCAUAGAGUCAUCUACGGUCGUAAGUCCAAAUUUUUUCGGCUUGAUGGGUUACUACUACCAUUUUGUAUAAUUAUGGGGCUACGCUCUGCGAGAUCCGCUAUAAAUAGAUAGAUAGAUGACCUUUUUUAUACACGAUAAUAUUUUAAGCUGCAAGCUUGUGGGAUCGCAUGAAGAAAAGGGAAAAUUACAUGUUAUGUUAAUACAACUUGAAUUUAAAAAUAGACAAUUAUAUAUAUUAUAACUUAUAAGUAAAAAGCGGUAUGUAUAAGGCGAGCAGUUCAAGUGGAAAGUGUGUCAAAUUUGAAUUCCCUAGCAGGCCUUUUUUUUAGAUCAUUGGGACUCGAGCGUCCAACUUCUUGUUCAUAGUAGCAAACAGUGUUCCAUAACACAGCGCCCCGAUAUUUAAGCGAGUCUUUCAUGUAUCUUGUUUGGAACUUGGGUGCUUUUAAAAGGUCGCUCCCCUCAGAGAGUAACCAUUUGAGCGACAUUUAAGGAUGUUUUUAUACAGUGCGUCGGGAAGAUUGGCAUUAUAGCCUUUGUGAAAAAGCUUGAAGAUGUCUAAUUUAUAAUACCAAGAAAGUGUAGGCCACUAGUCUUGUCUAGCUAAGCAUGUCAAAUGAUGUCAUAUCUUUAGGUAGAUUAAAUAUAAUUCUUGCUGCCCUGCGGUGUACUCUCUCUAUUGAACCUGAUAUAUCAGAAUUACUACAAGAUCCCAACAGAACUAAAGCAUAUUUUACAGAAGUCAAAAUUACUUUAAAAUAAAAUUAUUUCCAUGCGG